AUGGCUGCUUGUGCCAAUGGCGAUGACAAGAGCGACAUGGAAGAGCAAGAGGAGGCUUUGGUGGCUUUGAUUGAGCACCGUACCAAAGAAGUGAACCAUCUCCGUAUGCGUUUAGCCUAUUAUGAGUCCGAGCUUGAUGAAUCUCUGAAAAAGUUGGAGGAAACACAACGUCAAUUAGCUCGCCUUCGAAGUCGAAGUUGUGAUCCAUCUACAAGAUCUGUUGGAAGAAAUGUAAGAGUCAAAAAAGAAAUAUCAAGUAGUCCUUUAAAGAUCUGUGAAGAUUCUUUUCAUAACCUUUCUGAUGAAAGUAAUGGAAGCUCAUGUGAUAGCUAUCAAGAAGCAUGUCUUAAAACUAUCAAAACCAAAUCAAAACCACUGCUUGUUAUUCCUGGUAUGAAUCCAAAAGUAUCACCAUCUUUGAAUAAGAUGACUGAAUACAACAAAGCUUCAAGUGAAAGAAAAAGUCUUGUGAAAGAAAAAGGUUAUGGACUCUUACCUAAACAGGAAGCUGUUGAGAGUCAAGCCAGAGGGACAAAAAGAAAAUUUGAGGAAAAUGAACAUACAGAUUUGAGUGAGGUGAUAUGCAGCUCUUCUUCACCAUGUAUAGUCAAUUGUGGUACAUCCAACCACAUCCCAAGUCAACAUAAGAGGAAACUGAGAAGUCUUGUCCUUUGUCCAACAAAUGAUCAACUUUUUGCUACCAGUGCUUUGGAUGCUAUUGUAAAUAUGUGGGAAAUUCAGGACAGAGGGUCACAUGCGAAUCUUCUUAGUUCAAUCAAUUGUGCAUCCAUGAAACAAAGAAGAUGGCCUGAAGAUGUUGCUUGGCAUCCAAAUGGAGGCAGUUUGAUCUCUGUGUAUAGUGCAGAUGGUGGGGACUCUCAGAUAGCAAUCUUGAACUUGAAUGAAAGACAAGAGGAAAAUGAGGUGAGAUUCUUGGAAAAUAAACCUCAUGUUAAGGGCAUUAUAAACAAUGUGAUGUUCAUGCCAUGGGACAACAAUUGUUUCAUUACUGGUGGAAGUGAUCAUGGUGUUGUUCAUUGGACUCAAAAACACAAUGAUGAUGACAACAACAACUCAUGGAAACCUAAAUUGCUACACAGAAGCAUCCAUUCUUCAGCUGUUAUGGGAGUUGCUGGCAUGCAGCAAAAACAGACAGUAGUUUCUGUUGGAGCUGAUAAGAGAAUUAUCGGGUUUGAUUUACACACUGAAAAACCAGAUUAUAAGCAUCAAAUAGAAAGCAAAUGCAUGAGUGUUGUACCAAAUCCAUGCGACUUCAACCUUUUCAUGGUUCAAACCGGGACUCCACAAAAGCAACUUAGGUUGUUUGACAUAAGGUUGAAGAAUACAGAAAUACAUGAAUUUGGUUGGAAGCAAGAAAGCAGCAUGUCUCAAUCGGCUUUAAUCAGUCAGACGUGGUCCCCGGAUGGUUUAUAUAUAACUUCAGGUUCAGCGGACCCCGUGAUUCACAUAUUUGACAUACGGUUUAAUGCUAAUCAACCCUCGCAGUCUAUCAAAGCUCACCAAAAACGUGUCUUUAAAGCUGCAUGGCAUCACUCUCUUCCUCUCCUCAUUUCCAUAUCCUCAGAUCUCAAUAUUGGAUUGCAUCAUAUCACAUAA